AUGCAGAGCAACAGCAGCGCCUCCGCAGCGCUGAGUGCGUGUGGAGAGGAGGACGAGCGGGAGAUCUCCAGAGUGGUCGGUGCCACCGGAGCAGCCUCCAGCCUGGCUCCUCUCAACAUCUCCCUGAGCUGCUGGCUGCACGUCCUCUCCAAGGAGUCCUCCCUGGACCUGCACGGAGACGGCGCCAACCUGGCCGUGCGAGUGCUCAUCGCCCUGGUCUACCUAGUGGUGUGUGUGCUGGGGCUUGUGGGUAACUUCCUGGCACUCUUCCUGCUCCACUCCCGCCGCCGGGGCCACCACCACUCCUCCAUCGACUGCUUCGUGAUGAGCCUGGCGCUGACCGACCUCCAGUUCGUCCUCACCUUGCCCUUCUGGGCCAUAGACACGGCGCUGGACUUCCGCUGGCCCUUCGGCCGCAUCAUGUGCAAGAUCGUCAGCUCGGUCACCACCAUGAACAUGUACGCCAGCGUCUAUUUCCUCACCGCCAUGAGUGUGACCCGCUACCGCUCCCUGGUUACCUCACUGAAGAUGGAGAGCCCAAGGAUCGCCACUGCUCGGGCCAAGUGGGGCAGUCUAACCAUCUGGGUGGUGUCACUGGUGGCUACGCUGCCUCAUGCCUUCUACUCCACCACAGUCCAGGUGUCUGCUGAUGACGAGCUGUGCUUGGUGCGGUUCUCUGACUCCGACUCGGGCCACUGGGAUCCACAAGUCCUGCUCGGACUCUAUCAGAUGCAAAAGGUCCUCUUAGGAUUCGUCGUGCCCUUGAUUAUCAUCAGUGUGUGCUACCUCCUGCUCCUGAGGUUCAUCCUGAACCGCCGCAUCGUGGGCAGUGUGGUCAGUGGAAGCGAAACCGAGAAGUCCGAGAGCGAGAGGGGACGCAAGCGCCGCCGCUCCAAGGUCACCCGCUCCGUCACCAUCGUAGUUCUGUCCUUUUUCAUCUGCUGGCUGCCCAACCAGGCUCUCACCAUGUGGGGGGUGUUAAUCAAGUUUGACCUGGUGCCCUUCAGUAAAGCCUUCUACAACGCGCAGGCCUACGCCUUCCCCCUGACCGUGUGUCUGGCCCACGCCAACAGCUGCCUCAACCCGGUGCUCUACUGCCUGAUCCGACGGGAGUACAGGGCUGGACUGAAGGAGCUUCUGCUCAGGGUGUCUCACUCCGUCCAACGUGUCUUCACCCUGGUUCUGAGAGGGAGACGAGUGGAGGAGGCACCGUCCAGCCUGGACGGGAUACACAAAGACAUUAACUUGUGA